UUAUUUUCAAAAAAUUAGUUUGGAACUACAAAAAUAGUAAAAUACUAUUAGCUGAAAGCUGAAACCUACAAAUUAAAAUUCGUUGUGUCUGUUGACUCGAAGGCCACAUAGAUUUAUUCCAAGUUCCUAACAAAUAAUUAAGGCAUAAUGAAACAAACAAAUUUGAAGCUUUUAACAAAUGUAAAUGGUGACCUUAUAUUCACACGUACUUAACACGUAGAGUAUUUAUAUAUGUAUCCCCCAAAAAACACGUCAUUACGUGAGUGUUCUGUGGACACCAACAUUUUCAUUCUCUAUCAAAGUUAAUCGACAAAAACAUUAUCUUGGCAUACAUCAAAUAGCUUGAUCCUACUACCAUUAUAUCCCUGUUUAUCAACGUCUCUCCACUUUGACACUUUCUAGUUGUUGUUGUCCUCCUGCUACAUUGUACUCUCUUCUUAGUUUACCUUGCUAAAAGGGUUGAGACGUCCUUGUAAGCUACUAGAUCCAAUUGGGUACACAUCUCUGAUAUUUCUCUCUUAACGGUGGGGGGCCAUCAACUUUAUACAUUUGUGGUUUUACAUUACCCACUAGAUUAUUCAAUGAUUAAUUUAAGAGUAACUGGUCAAUCUUUCAUCAAAUCAUCAUUGUUGCCAUUAGGAUUAGUAUAUCAAGUUGGUAAAUGCUUGUGCUCCAUAUAGGCAACGACCGUCAACCAUGACUUUAUCUACUCUACUGUUGGUUGUUAUAAAAAACAUAUCACUUCUCAUAGUCGAUGACCACAACUCUCUCUUCUUUUAUGAGAUCAAACUUUUUAGGGUCAACAAAUCAUAUCUUAUUCUUAUGUUUUUGAAGUUUUUAGAUAUAUACUAGUAUAUGUUUUGUGAUUGUAUUGAAAUCAAUAAUGAGUAUAUUUAAUACAGUGAAAUAAAUAAAGGUCCCACAAUAGUUUCGCAUCAAGACAACUCAUAUGUGUUUUUAAAUGUAUUGUUUCAUAAUUUGUUCCUUCCCAUUACACUAUUGACAAAUCCAUGUACCAAACCUAAACCUUGUGUCUUUAAAAUCCCAUUAUCAGCUGUUUCUGAGUUGACCAAGUUUUUUUGUUUAUGGUCCUCUCCCUCUUUUCUUGUUUUUAUAUACUUUUUUCACUCGAUUGGUUCAAAGUCUUCUUUCUUCUCCUUCCUUUUUGUUAACAUUAUUGUCUACAUGUUUUGAGAGCGAGGUUGUCAAUAUUUUUUAAGAGAUUACUCAAACCUUUGUGUAGACCACAUGCUUUCUUCUUAAGAUAAUUUUUGAGGUACAAUCAGAAAAAACAGAGGAAGAGGUAAGAGGAUCUUUGUGGGUUUUGAAGAUGAGUUCAAGAACUGGAGCGUUUAUGCUCCUGAUCUUGCUUUUCUUCCACAUUUGUUCUGUAUCUGCGCUCACAAAUACUUUAGACUCUUCUGCUUUAAGUGGCCUGAAGAGCGAAUGGACCAGUUCUCCUGAUGGUUGGGAAGGCUCUGAUCCUUGUGGAACCAAUUGGGUUGGGAUUAAAUGUCGAAAUGACCGCGUCAUUUCAAUAUCACUAGGUAAUCUUAACCUGGAAGCAAAGCUUCCUGCUGAUAUAUCUUUCUUGUCUGAAUUGGAGAUCUUGGAUUUGUCAUACAAUACUGGAUUGUCCGGACCACUUCCACCAAAUAUCGGCAACCUUAAGAACUUGAAGAGCUUGAUUCUUGUGGGAUGUAGUUUCAGUGGUGAAAUCCCUGAGUCCAUUGGUUCUCUAAAAGAACUUAUAUAUCUCUCCCUGAAUUUGAAUAAGUUUAGUGGAACGAUUCCGGCUUCCAUAGGACGGUUAUCGAAACUAUAUUGGUUCGAUAUAGCUGACAAUCAGAUCGAGGGAGAGCUUCCAGUUUCUAAUGGGACUUCUUCACCUGGACUUGACAUGCUUCUUGCAACUAAGCAUUUUCAUUUUGGGAAAAACAAAUUGUCGGGAAAGAUCCCAAAAGAACUUUUCAGCUCAAACAUGACUUUGAUACAUGUACUCUUGGAUGGAAACCAAUUCACAGGCGAAAUCCCUGAGAGCCUUGGCCUCGUUAACACGUUGACCGUGUUACGCCUUGAUAGGAACAGACUAGUUGGAGAGAUUCCUUCAAGUCUUAAUAAUCUUACAAGUCUAAACGAACUGUACUUGGCCAACAACAAAUUUACUGGUAGUCUUCCAAAUUUAACCGCCUUGACCAAUCUCUACACAUUGGAUGUAAGCAAUAACACUUUGGAUUUCUCACCCAUUCCUUCAUGGAUCUCCUCACUACGCUCCCUGUCAACAUUAAGGAUGGAAGGGAUCCAACUCACAGGUCCAAUACCAAGUUUUCUCUUCAGUGCUACUCAGUUGCAAACUGCUAUCCUAAAACGUAAUCAGAUAAAUGAAACAUUGGACUUUGGUACCAACUUUAGCAACCAGUUGGAGUUUGUGGAUUUACAAUACAAUGACAUAUCUGAGUAUAUACAACCAACUAAGAAAGAACUUCAAGUAAUAUUAGCAAAUAACCCAGUGUGCCUAGAGGCUGGAAACGGACCGAGUUACUGCUCAGCAAUCCAACACAAUACCUCUUUCUCUACACUCCCAACAAACUGUUCUCCCUGUGAACAGGGCAUGGAAGCGAGUACCACGUGCCGCUGUGCACAUCCAUUCAUGGGAACACUCUACUUCAGGUCUCCUUCAUUUUCAGGGUUGUUCAACUCAACCAACUUCUUAACCCUACAGAAGGCAAUCACGGAUUUCUUUAAGAAGUUCAAUUAUCCUGUAGACUCAGUGGGUGUCCGGAACAUUAGAGAGAAUGAAACUGAUCAUCAGCUUCUUAUAGAUCUCCUGGUGUUUCCACUAGGCAGAGACAGUUUUAAUCAGACAGGAAUGUCACUUGUUGGUUUUGCGUUUAGUAACCAGACUUAUAAGCCUCCUCCUAUAUUUGGCCCUUACAUUUUCAAAGCUGCUCUGUACAAGAAGUUCUCUGAUGUAGAAGAAGGUUCCAAGUCAGCAAACAUGGGCAUUAUCAUUGGAGCAGUAGUUGGUGCUAUUGUUCUUCUACUGUUGUUAACAAUAGCUGGGGUUUACGCUCUCAGGCAGAAAAAGAGAGCAGAGAGAGCAACCGAUCAAAAUAAUCCUUUCGCCAAGUGGGAUACAAGUAAGAGCAGUAUUGGUGCUCCACAGCUAAUGGGAGCAAAAGCCUAUACGUUUGAAGAGCUGAAGAAAUGUACAGACAACUUUUCAGAGGCAAAUGAUGUUGGGGGUGGAGGUUAUGGAAAGGUGUACAGAGGUAUUCUUCCAAAUGGACAACUCAUAGCAAUCAAAAGAGCUCAACAAGGAUCUUUGCAAGGAGGGUUGGAGUUCAAAACUGAGAUUGAGCUUCUUUCAAGGGUCCAUCAUAAGAAUGUUGUCAGACUCUUGGGAUUCUGCUUUGAUAGAAGUGAACAAAUGCUUGUCUACGAGUACAUUUCAAAUGGGUCUCUUAAAGACAGUCUCUCAGGAAAGAGUGGGAUUAGAUUGGAUUGGACAAGAAGGCUUAAAAUAGCACUAGGUUCAGGCAAGGGCUUGGCUUAUCUUCAUGAGCUUGCUGAUCCUCCAAUUAUACAUAGAGACAUCAAAUCAAAUAACAUAUUACUUGAUGAAAAUCUUACUGCAAAGGUUGCUGAUUUUGGCCUUUCCAAACUUGUGGGAGACCCUGAGAAAACUCAUGUGACAACACAAGUGAAAGGAACCAUGGGAUACUUAGAUCCGGAAUACUACAUGACAAAUCAACUGACGGAGAAGAGUGAUGUAUAUGGUUUUGGUGUGGUGAUGCUCGAGCUAUUAACUGGUAGAAGUCCAAUAGAGAGAGGCAAAUAUGUGGUGAGAGAGGUGAAGACGAAGAUGAAUACAUCGAGGAAUUUGUAUGACCUGCAAGAAUUGCUGGACACAACGAUCAUAGCAAGUAGUGGGAAUCUGAAAGGGUUCGAGAAGUAUGUUGAUCUGGCUCUGAGAUGUGUGGAGGAGGAAGGAGUUAAUAGGCCAUCAAUGGGUGAGGUUGUGAAAGAGAUUGAGAAUAUAAUGCAGCUUGCGGGAUUAAAUCCUAACGCAGAUUCAGCAACAAGUUCAAGAACGUACGAGGACGCAAUCAAAGGAUCAGGUGAUCCUUAUGGCAGUGAAUCGUUUCAGUACAGUGGGAAUUUCCCAGCUUCAAAGCUUGAGCCCCAAUGAUUGAUUGUCUUCCUUUUUUUUUUUUUUGGAAAGUGACUUCAUAUUGAAAUGCCUUAUGAAUGUGAACUAGCAUGAUUUGAUGUGCUGUUAUGUGGUCACUGUUUAUAAAGCAGAGGAAUGGAGCCAAGCUCAGAAGAACCCACCAGAUCUUUUGUAAUAUAUAUAUUUUUUGUCAAACGAUCUUUGGUAAUAUAAA